CUCCGGCCGGCCACCAUAUAUAUAUUUAUAUUUAUAAAAGCUUAUAUAGAGAAGUCUCCCUCAGCCUUAUGUGAAAACGCGUCUGUCUUCCUCCUCCGUAAGCCAUGGAAGAAGAAGGAGAGGAGGAGAAGCUGAAGGCAGCCGGCGAUAGUCAGGCCGAAUCAAGUGAGCCGGCAGCCGACGAACCGGGCACUUCCACCGGCGGCUCAGCCCGGUUCUACGACUGCGUCUACUGUAAGAGAGGUUUCACCACAGCGCAGGCGUUGGGCGGGCACAUGAACAUGCACCGACAUGAUCGGGCCCGUUUGCGACCCGCCCGACCGUCUCCUUCCAGCCCAAGAAAGAGCGAAGAGGCUUACCAUCCUUAUUCCAGAGCCCAACGGCCUCCUCCCAAACAAUCAGCAGGCGAGCAGUCCUCAUCAUCAAGCUAUGUGGUUUACUUCCCGGCUUCUUCGUCGGAAGAAGGCUCACAAAGAGCGACGGAACUGGCUCAAGCCGGCGAAGAGCUGCAACUUGGGUUGGGCGGGUCGGGCUCGAAGGAGGAGAAGGAGAAGAAGAAGGAGCUGGUUGAGGAGGAUUUGGAUUUGGAGCUGAGGCUUGGUCAUAGAAAAUCUCAAGAAUCUAAUUCAUCAGAUUAGUAUUUUUUUUAAAAAAAUUCAUUUCAUUAUUUGAUUAAUGUUGUGGUUAAUGUUAUUGAAUAAUUUAGUGAUUAAUCUUUUUUAUUUUGGUUAAUGAAUCUUAAUUAGUAAAAUGUUAUCAGUUUUUCAGAUUAUUUGUGUUGGAGGAAGCAUUGCUAGCUAGGCCUUUCACUCUCUUCUAUUCUUUAAUCUUUAAUGGAUGUUCUAU